UAUUAUGCCGAGCUAUCGAUCUUUGAUACCACGCCUGACUUCAUGGAGUCCUUCUCUGCAUCGCCGAACCCAGACGGCGUCGGUCCAGCGUCGUCUACUUCGAUUUCGGAUCUUCCACGGUCGCAAAUAGAUGCGAUCAUCAGGACUAAACGCAAAGCACGAGAACCCAAAGCCUGCUAUCCCUGCCAUACACGAAAAGUCAAGUGCGAUCGCAAUCUGCCCUGUGAUGGCUGUGUGAAACGCGACCACGCAGAUCUGUGCUCUUACGAAAGACCGUCGAAGAAAAGACACGCGACUCCCAGCCAGUCGUACCUGGAAAAUGUCUCGGAAUAUUAUUCAAAAGAAGCGACCCCAUCGAUGAGAAUGUCGAAUCAGGAUUUGCCUGUGAAAUCAGCCACCAUAGAGACGGAGUCGCCAAAUGGCCCUCUUGAACCGCAAAUUUCAAUUCCACGCGAAGAUUGGGAUAAUGUGUGCAAUAAGUUGAAGGAAAUGGAAAACACCAUAUCUGGUCUUCGAAAUGGCCUGGAGCAAGUUGAAGCAGGUAAUAGGUCAUCAGCUAUAAGUGACCCACUGGGAAUCGAUACAAAUCAACGAUCCAACCGUGAAUCUCCCGAGCGCGAGGGUAUUCAUACUACUCACAUGUAUGGUGAAGGGACCGUCCAUCUUGGUUCCCGAUCGGUCCUAGCAUAUAUUUUGAACAAAUCCGGUUCUCUUCAAGCCCAAACUCUUCUCGAAGGUGGUCUUCUACCAAAACUUGGCUUGGACAAUGAGACCGCCACAUACCCGUUUGUUGACUUAUGGUCUUCAGACACUUCGUCAUUCGAUGUCAAUGCAGUUUGUAGUGCUCUUCCAAAUGAUCAGCAGAUUAGAGAGUUCUUCUACUUCUAUAGAGAUAUUGCAGGGACCCUUUAUCCCGUUCUUGUGGAUGUCCCUGGAUUUGAAGAGAAUCUAGAGACGUUUCUGCAGAAUAGAGCAGCAUCCGGGGGAGGACUGAAAACUCAGCGACAUUUUGGCAUAAACCUAGCUUUCAUCGGAUUGCUCUUCGCUGUCUUGGCGUCGGGCUGCCAGUCGUCCGAUCUCCCUGCCAAGGAGAGGGAACUGACAUCUCAGGUCUAUGUUUGCUGCUCUUACCAAUGCCUUCGCAUGUGCAACUUUGUCUCACAGCCGACCCUCGAGGCCAUGAAAACACUUUUGAUCAUCGGAAAUGUCUUAUCUUAUAAUAUGAACCCGGGGGUUUCUUAUGUUCUUCUAGGCAUGACUAUUCGCAUGAGUAUAGCUUUAGGACUUCAUGCUGAAUCAAACCGAUUUGAUUUUGCCGAACGAUAUACUCGGCGACAUAUCUGGUGGUCUAUAGCAUGGCAAGAUAGCCAUUUCUCCCUCUCCUAUGACCGCCCAUCCACCGUGGCGAUCAGCCAACCUGAGAUCGCCGAUAGAGCAGAUGCUCAAGCUGGAAAUCGCGAUUACUUUGAAACCAUGUGUCGAAUUAUAUCUUUGACUUUGGAGGUUGUCCGAGAACGUAUGGUGACACCUCACUCCCAUAUGAGCUUCAAGACUAUCCAAGCAUACAAAGAAAGGAUACAGCAAGCAAUGGCAGAUGCCGAUCCGCAUUUACGGGACCGCAAAUAUUGCCGCUCGCCAAUGCACCAUUUAGAAAGACUGGCUUUAAAAGUUCAUUUCUCGUAUAUCACGUCAGAACUCUGUCGACCAGCUCUUAAAGCUGAGGCAGACAGAAAUGAUCCCCUUUUCCAUAAAGUGCGAGAGGAUUGUGUGGACAGCCUUGUUGGAACAGUGGAAUCCUACAUUGAACUCCACUCAUUCAGCACUCACGGCUCACGCUCGUGGAUUACUUUGCAACGUGCUAUCAGUUGUGCAUUCCUUCUUGCUGUGAUUGAUGAGGGCAAAACGGAGCCAAAAGUACGAGAUCUUCUACACCAACUGGAAACCAUCAUAGCAGAACGUGCCAGCGCGGAAGGCGAGUUCGGUGCAGAUGGAAUAGGCAACGAAGGAACAGCGUUUCCGCAGCUCGUCGGAACUACUGCUAGUUACGCUGAUUCCGGCACAGCUUCCGGGGCGACAAAGGCUCACUUAUCGGCAGUAGAGCCGCUGCAAGAACCGCGGUCGGCUUCUAUUCCGACGUUCGCACCAGUCAACACCCAUACGCAAUGGACAAAACCGCUCAUAAAGUCCCUUCGUGCACUACAGAAACUAAAUAUUGCUUUUAGCGCAUCUCAUGGCUCUCGUGAAAACGGGGACAGCAACAGCUCAUACGGUGUCCAGGGGAUACCGCCAGCAUCAGCUUAUACACAAAACGCAUCGAGGCCGACAAACAAUAGCACCACGCCGAAUAUAGGGUCAUUACCACCUCCCACGCCAGAAAGCUCAACUAGCAGCGACUGGGCUUUCCCCGGCGUGUUAGAUCGUGCAGCGGAAUAUAUCCACCCUCCAUUUAAGAAACAAAUGGCAGCAAAACGCAAUCGACUCUCCGAUGUCCAGCGUAAAGCGAUACGUGAGUGGUGGUUUAACCAGAAUCCUCGUCCGCACCAGAAAGCGAUCGUGGGGUGGUUUUUCCAGCAGUAUGGAAAGAACGUCAGCCAGUCAAGCAUAUGCGACUGCGUAAGCUCGAAAUAUGAAUAUCUCGAUAAAGUGGAUGCGUCGGUGUUGGCAGAAACAAGACCUGCGUACCGUAUACGCAACUCUCACUGGCCUAUUUUGGAGGACAGGUUGGCCCGGUGGCAAAGGGACUGUUUGGAUCAAGGGCAAAGAGUUACGGGGGAUAUGCUCAUCGAAAAGGCAAAGGAGGUAUACCCCCAAAUACCAGAAUACCGGGAUAAGCAGCCACCAGAGUUCAGCAGUGGGUGGCUUUCGAGAUUUAAAGAGCGCUACCUACUUAGUACGCCGCGGAAAAGCUCUCAAGCCAAAUGGAAACGAGACGAGGCUCGGAGGAGGAAUAUACCGCUGUCAACAGCUACUGCUACUACUGCUGCUGCCGCUGCUCCAUCGCUGCUAGGGUUUGAUUCAUUACCGGAAACAGAGCCUACAGGAAUUCCAUCGUUAGUUUCGCUAGACAACAUGGAUCCAGAGCUAGAGCGAGUUUCGAUUUCGCGGCCAUCUCAUAGACUGCCAGUGAGUGAAACACAGCAUUCAUCAGCAUUAGUAUCGCAAUCUUCUUCACAGUCAGCUGCUAUAGACAGUGGAACCGUGGAUGCAACGGAAGAAAUACUGUCUAUGCGGAUUUUAUGCCACGUGUACAAGGAUGAAGACAUCUAUUGCAUGAGCGAAACCAGCUUACUGUGGAGAAAAGCCCCUCUGCCGUCAAUACAGAGCGCCCAAAAACAGAACAGCAGACUUUCCUUUAUUAUGUGUACCAACCACACAGGCAAUGAUCGACUUCCUCUUUGGAUCAUAGGGAACACAUCUAGUGCCCGUUCCCUCAAUGAUCUUAACAUUGAAGCACUCGGUGGACACUGGUGCUCAUCAAAAAAGGGAGCCGAAGUUGAUCCACCUCUGAUGAGGGAAUGGCUGCUCAAGUUUUAUGAUCAUAUCGGCAAAGAUCGUUCUAUUUUACUUCUCCUUGAUAAAAAGGUUGCUAGCCAUACUUUGGGCCUUGAGCUGGCCCCUCCCCCGGCAAACAUACGCAUUCAAUGGCUACCUCCUUCUUCGGGUAGUACUAAAAGCCCCUUUCAGCCUUUUGACCAUGGUAUCAGGCAUGGUCUGAAAAUGACAUAUCGUAGACAAUGGCUUCAAUACAUCGUCAAGAGCAAAAGACAAUCAGCUGACCCGUUUGCAACAGUCAGCCUUUACCAUGCUGUUCACUGGGCAAUCAACGCGUGGCUUUCUGAGAUGUCAGGUAUCUCGAUCCAAAAAUGUUUUAGCAAAGCCAUUGGAGCGACGAAAAACACGAUUUGUGAUGGACUUUUGGAGUUUACAGGGCCGAGCUGUGGAGCCUUGUAUGACGAGACGCACAGGAUAUUUGUGAAGAACCACCAAGAUAUUAGGGACUUUCACGCGUUUUUGGAUCUGGAAGAUGGGAGUAAUGCGGAUGUUGGCAGACAACAGAACAUUUCUCGUCAACCGAUGCCUGUAGAGGAGGAGGAUGAGAAUGAAACAGCAUCGAUGCGUAUUCCGACCGUUGAACAAGCAUUACAAAGCGUUCAAAUAUUGAUGUGCUAUAAAGAGUAUCAGAGUGGUACGACAAGGGACGAGAUGAAGGUAUUGGAGCAAUGGAAAAGGGACCUGGUGGCGACCACGCGGACUACAUGA